UUAUAGCUCUAUUUUUUAUUUUUUUUUACUCUCAUUUUGCAUCUUUAAAAGGGAAAAUGUUGGGAAAAUGCCUGUCGCUGAAUGUUAUAAACCCAAUUGAAGAUAUUCAUUUUACUGUUUCUUUUCGGAACAGCCAAUAUUUACACCAUAAUCUGACACGUUCUAUCAACUGCGCAGAUGACUGCGGGAUCCUUAUCAGUUCUGGUGAAUUACUAGAUACCGAAUGUGACUUCGUUAGUUAAAAAUGCCAUUGUGUUUGGCAUAAUAGAUAACUUGUUGGCCAAUUCAUUUGCUCUUUCCUCUGCCUUUCUCUGUUUUCCCUGCAGAAGAUUGCUGACAGAUUCCAGAGGGAGAUAUCCACUGCCAUGAGAAAUAAGUUGACGGGAGUGCUGCCUAUCUUGGGCCCUGGGGUCCGUGGGGUCCCUCUUCCUAAAGUCGCUGCCCAUGUGACCGGCGUUGCCUCGUCGUCAAAGGCUCCAGCAGCACCAGAAGGCCCGCGGAGCAGCAGGGGGUACUCUGGCGAGCGCGUCCGAGCUUGGGAGGGCCAGAGGGGUCUGUCCUUCCUGCAGAACAUGGAGCUCAAAGGAGGGGAGCUGCUCGUACCAAGUGCAGGCCUGUACUACGUCUACGCCCAGACCUACUUUAGGCUCCCGUCUGUGGGGGAGACGGACGGGGAAGCAGCAGACGACGAGGGAGCAGAACUCGUCCAGUACAUUUAUAAAAAGAUGAGUUCCUACACAGGACCCAUCCUGCUGAUGAAAUCGUCCCGGAGCGUGUGCUGGCCUCGGGGUCAGGAGCCAGGCCUCUUCUCCCUGCAUCAGGCCGGCACCACUUUCCUGCAGCCGGCCGACCGCCUUUUCGUCACCGUCAGCAACGCCAGCGCCAUGGAGAUGGACGGGAGGGCGAGCUACUUUGGGGCUUUCCUGGUGGACUAACGGCGUUAACCGAGGCGUUAACCGUCGUCAGUAGACUGCGUCCGUCGCCGUGUGAAGAACCGGGACUGGAAGACGAGAAGAUCUUCUUAUGGAGAGUGGAGCCGGGAUCGCUCUGAGCUGCAGAGGGAAACUGAAUGCACCGCCGCUCAAAAAGAAGCGAAGAUGAGCUGUUUAUGCUGUGCAUAUAUUCCAGCAGCGACUUGUGAGCACAUAUCGUAUGUAGCAGUGGCUGCAAACAAGAACGCACGUGGGUUAAGUUGGAGAAACUGAAUUGCAAACAUUGGGAUUACUCUCUGUCGAGAGAACUGACCAAAUGGACGUCACUGUGUAAUUCUUCCAACGUUCCCCAGCGAUGGACACAAACUCGGUUUUCUCAUAUAUGGUAUUGUUUACAAAUGUAUUCGUACUGAUAAAUGGAUUUAAUUGAGAUGCUUUUUUCUCAGGGUGUAAAAAGAAGUAAAAGUUGUAGAUAUUACGUUGAGCUUAAUGUACUCUGGGUCCAUUUUUCUCAGCAAAUAUCAUAUUCCUGAUUUUAUUAUAAACCGUUUUGAACUACAAAUCUCAAUUUUCAGUCAGUCAUACUUAUUUUUUUUUAUAGUUAUAUUCAUCAGAGUCGGUCGAUACUUUGCAUAGUUCUUUUUUUAGGGUGGACUGAAAAUGCAUCUAAAACCAUGAGUACAAGCCCAAAAUGAAACUUUUCUAAGACGAAUGUAUGUAGACAAAAGCUAUGGCUUGAAUCUAAGCGACUAAAACUCCUCCCUUAAUAACAUCUGUCCACACAAUAAGACACAAAGCUGAAAAAGUAAAAAACUAUCUUUUAAUUCAUGUUGUUACACGUCUCCAUAAUAUGGCAGUGAAUGUUUCAGCAAAUAACUGUCACUCCUCAAACAGGACUUUUACAUUACAAAAAAAAGGAGAUAGAAAAAAACAAAAUUAAGGGUUCAAGUAAUGCCCAAAACAAAUACAUCUUUGAAACACACACACACACACACACACACACACACGAAGAUAGGACACAUCUGCUGAACAAACUUGAAGUCCACUUGCUACUUUGCCUGGUCCAUGAAUAGAGAAGUUGUGUUUUCUCUCUGUUCAGUUGGGUUUUUUUUUUUCUUUUGGUCAACAAUGCUGGGCUGACGGACAUGUUGGAGUUACAGCUGAGAAGGUAAACACAAACACAGACAACACACAGCCUCGUCAAACGUUUCUUUGUGAUAUAACCAAAACACUCGGAUACCAAACCUCCAAAAGUAUCAAAAAUAAAUCUGGUAUAAUCUCUGAUUAAUCAGGACUUUACGUGUGUGAGUGUGUUGGGGAAACAGGGGAAUAUUUUUUUUUUUAUUUUUUUUUUUUUUAAAGGAAACUCUGAUAAAACUAUGGCUUCAGUUUACCUCUAUACACAUACAGUCAUGUACAAGUGUGUUAGUUUUUGAGGACUGACGAUUGCAGUCACAACUAACCGGACAGGAGCAGCGAGCCUCCCCAUUGGGCGUUCCUAUUGCUAUGACGAUGAAAACCCACUGUUCGCCUCCAACAGGGGCAAGUGCCUCAGGAUGACCUCAUUAAAAGUAAAAAGCUUGCCGUUUAAAACAAACUCCCAAACAGCUGAGAGCAUUUAGACAGGGUGUCUUGGGUAACGCUUAGUCUGAUUUCAAAAUUAAAGUUUGCUCGUGUACGGGGUUAGGGAUUAGGAAGGGGUCCUGAUAACAUGACACAUUUCAUAGUUUUAGGAAUAACACUCAGAAUGGUGAAGAUGAAAUCUCAAUAAAAAAAAAGUUAUGCUACUGACAGACAAAUU